AUGGCUCAUCACCAACGUACGAAUCCAGACCUGCCCGUUUGGCCAACCGUGUCCGAUACGAAGCAGUUCAAAGAAGCGGAAGCGGAGAACUACCUUUGCUGUCUGGAUGAAGACCCAUAUGCAGUCAGCCUCGACACGGACCUUGGAGAAAAUGCCGAAGACGUGGACCAGCAUCUUGCAUUCUCACUCAGAAAGCGCCCUAGCAUUCCCAAUUUCGAUGAUCACGACAGGCUUCUGGAUCUUGUCAGCCUACACGAGCGACCCCAUGCCCAACAAGGUACCCACACCACCGCUGGCUCCUCGCCACGAAUGAACUUCUCGAAGGCGGUACCACCAACGGGCUACGUUGAACCGUCCGUCCAACCGCAACGCAAAGUCGUCCUCGAGCUCAAACUAGGCGAGUACCGUCUCAACCUUCUGUCCAAACCCACAUUUGCAGGAGGGCCACGUGUUGAUGCCUACACGGUGGUGCUAUUGGUGGCGCUCCUUAUUCUGUUCUUGGGUGUGGUAUUGGGAGGUGCUGCCAUCUUCUUUUAG